AUGAUGACGUUGAUCGUAUCGCUGCUGUUCGUGUCACUGUGCACACGGCUGUGCGAGGGAUCGUUUUCGUUGCUGAGCGAACCACGACAAACCUGCGCCGGGUAUGCAGGUAUUGCUGACGCGAUUGCGGCUCUCACCAAAACCAUUUCGAACCAGACACCUGUGGACGAUCCCUUGCUAGGAUUACAGUCAAGCCUUCAGCAACUGCUGCAGCAGGUUACGGUUUAUCAAUCCUGCGACGAUGUGACCGGUCCGUCGGGGCUAUACCGUAUUCGAGACGGAAACGAUGUGCCCACACAUUACUUCUGUCAGACGGAUCUGCUCGGUGGCGGCUGGACUGUGAUACAGCGCCGUACGAACGGUAAAGCUAACUUCACACGCAGCUUCAAUGAGUAUCGCAACGGUUUCGGGCACCCCGAUCAGGAGUUUUGGAUUGGAUUGACUCGUCUCACUCGGAUAACUACACCAACCCAGUACGAAUUGGCCAUCGUGAUGGAUGCUUUCGAUGGUGAUUCGGCUGUGGUGCGCUACUCGAGCUUCAAAGUUUCCGAUGAAACCGAUGGAUUUCGGCUAGCUACGCUGAGUGGAUUUAGCGUUCAGAGUGGUAACAUUGGCAACUCGAUGAGUAACUUGGUUGGGAAAACGUUCUCCACGUUCGAUCGCGACACAGACUCAUCGACCACGGUAAACUGUGCGAAUGUAUGGAAAGGAGGUUGGUGGUCUAGUGAUUGCGGUGAAAGCAAUCUCAACGGAUUUUACAACGGUGCAAAUCCUACAGAUACUCCCAAAACGUCAAUGGUGUGGACAUCCUUCAAGGGGCUUGUACAAUCGCUGAAGAGUUCCGUCAUGCUCAUACGCAAGAAGAGAGCCUGA